AUGAAAUUCAUGACCUUCAAUAUUCGCCAUGACCAUGGCCCACAAUCCCUAAGGGAAUCAUUUACAUCAGCAGAGGUUCCCGAGUCAUUGGCUGGUGAACAACCAUGGGCCAUCCGCAAGUGGAAAGUAGCCGACACCGUACUGCUGUGGUCACCCGAUAUUGUAGGGUUUCAGGAGCCUGAACAUCAUCAGGUUAUCGACUUGCAAUCACUACUACACGACGAGUAUGAUUGGGUGGGAGCAGGUCGUAACGAUGGUAAUGAGGAUGGUGAAUAUUGUCCAGUAUUCUACAAGCGUGAGCUACUCAAGGUGAACAGCUGGAAAACAUUAUGGCUAUCAAAAGAACCUGAGACCCCUGGUAGCAAAGGGUGGGAUGCUAGCCAUCCUCGUAUUGCCAAUUGGGUCGAAUUUGAACGUAAAUCGGAUGGAUCCAAAUUUACGUUGUUGAAUGCCCACUUUGAUCAUCAAGGUGUGGAAUCUCGACGUGGAGCCGCACAACUAAUUUUGGAACGUGUUCAAGCCAAUCCUGGAUUGACGGUAUUGAUGGGUGACCUUAACUCCCCUGAAGAUGAUCCCGGUUAUCAAACAUUGACUGGUGGUGGAGAUACCGAUCGCAAUGAUACCAUGCAUUGUCUUGAGGAGUUGAAUGAUCGAUUGAAGCUUGAUUAUGCCACAAAAACGGGAGAGCCAGUACGCACUUCGGGCCCAAAUGCAAACAUGACAUUGCCAACGCAUCGUGUUAUGCGCCCUGGUCAAAUCCUACAAAACCUUCGUGGGAACACAGAUGGUGACACCGACACGAAAUUUGUGGAUACACGAUAUGAGCUUGCCACUCGUCUUAACAAGAAGCCUGGUGAUACACAUGCAACAAUGAGUGGUCCAUUGGGAGAUAAGAAUACCUUCACCAGCUUUGGAGCAGGUGAUCCAGACCAAUGCAAUGCUCCUAGACGCCUUGAUUACAUCAUGAUGAUGAAGCACCAAAAUGUCACCGUACGUCGAUUUGGUGUUCUCAGCAAUAUCUUUGACGAUAAUUUGUAUAUCAGUGACCAUCGUCCAGUUGUAGCUGAGCUUGAGUGGUGA